AUGGUGCACUGAGAAGAGAGAAGAAGACAUGUGAAGAGAUGCUGCUUCGUCUGACCACUGCUCCUCCUCCAUAAAACUCACCUAAAGUAACACCUGAACACUGUCAUGUUUACUGUAGGUUGAAUAGUUUAAUAGGCAGAACUGCAAUACACCAGAUAAGCAGCACUCGUGUCCCUAAGAAAAGGGGGCAUUGGAGCCAUGGCAACUGCUCAGUCUGCUGUAACGUUUGCAGUGUGCAUCCUCAUGAUAACAGAGCUGAUACUUGCCAAGAAGGACUACUAUGAUAUACUGGGAGUGCCUAAAGACGCUACUGAGAGACAGAUAAAAAAAGCUUUCCACAAGCUUGCAAUGAAACAUCACCCAGAUAAAAACAAGAGCCCGGACGCUGAAGUGAGAUUCAGAGAAAUUGCUGAAGCUUAUGAAACUUUAUCAGAUGAAACCAGAAGAAGAGACUAUGACCAGUUUGGUGACACCUCUGCAUACUUCGCUGGGGAGACGCAAGGCAGACAAAGACAGGGCGCCCACCAACCUUUCAGCUUCAACUUUAAUGACAUUUUCAAGGACUUUGACAUCUACAGCCAGAACAGGCAUGCCCGUCACCGGAGACAUUUUGACGAACACUCCAGGUCCCACAAGGAGUCCCACAGCAGACACAAGAGACACUUUCAAGGAGGUUUUGGAGCAGGUGUCUUUGAUGACAUGUAUGACGACAUAGAGAGAAUGUUUACCUUCGAUAGACACGCCAAACAGACUGACAACACGUUUCAUGGUGCAUCAAAACAACACUGUAGAACAGUGACGCAGCGCAGAGGAAAUAUGGUAACCACAUACACAGACUGUACCGCAUCUUAAGAUACAAUACUGUUGUAUUGAUCUGGUAACUGAAAGCCACUUGGUUCAAAUGUUGUGAAAUUUGAGCAGUGACAGCAGUGAUAUCUGACAUUCAGGCACAGAAUGAUUCGAACAGUGACACUCAGUUUACUUAGCUUAGGUCUAAAUUCAAAUAAGCUAUGUUGUUUUUUUCAAACUAUUCCUUGUGUGUGCUCAUGGACUUGUAUAUGAUUGUAGUAGUUUUACACUUAUUGUUGAAAUAAGCUGGCAGAGUGUAUUUUGUCAGUAUUUUUUAAGCACCUUUUUUGAUAGUAGAAUUUUCCUCUUUGGAAAAAUAAAAAUUAAUUAGGCACAGGAAUACCCAUGUGUCAGCUCACCACUAGUUCACUACUUCCACCCUGCUAUUUUGUAUAGUUGUCUUUUGUGUAGGUUUUGCCAUUGUGGGUCUCAAAACACAACUGAAAGUGGAAACAAUAGCAGCAGCCAUUGGAGUUUUGCUUAUGGUUGUCAAAUGGGGAGCAACAGAAAUCUGUGGCCUUCCACAUGUUGGCUUGUUGACUGUUGUUUGUGCUACAUCUUGUUGAAAUAUUCUUGUACUCCACACUGCCAGUCACAUUUUUUUUUGAAAAUCAUGUAUUUUAGAAUUUAUGGUUAAAUCUCCAUCAGUGCAAUUGUAAAGUGAUUGUAAACAUCUGUAAAAUAGAAAAUUUAAGUAAGAUAAGUACAUAGAGAAAUGUUUGUGACUCUAGCCUUUCAAUUAAUACAAUUAAAUGUGAAGCCCACAAUGUCCUGUACUUCUUGGUGUUUGUGGUAUUUUGUGCACCUCGUGUUGGCAGAGGACAUCUAGAUUGAGGCUAUCUUUAAUACAAAAAAGUCACAACCAUUUCUGAAUCACACUUUUACUAAUAUUUAGAUGUGUAUUGAAUCUGAACUUACAAUUACAAUGCUUGAAAUUUAACCACAAAGCCUUAAAUAUAGCUUUUUAAAAACAUUUGACUGGCAUGUCAGAUAAACUACAAAGAACGUUCUAUGUGUAAACUAACUUGCAGAGGACCAAUUUAACUGUAAGCUUACAGUACGUACUAUAGCGUUCAUGACUUUGAAUUGUACUAAUCACAAGGUUUAUUGUUUCAUUUUUUUAAAUGGAGAGUGCAACUGUGUAAAAUAUUGCAUUUUUUUUUACAUCCUCACUGACAUGAAGUGUAAGAAUACUGCAGUACAAUGCUGAAGAAAUACUGUAUGUAUAAGUGCAUACAAGCAUCCAUGUUCAGCACAUUCUCUGAAUCUGGUGAUGGCUACUCACCAGUGUCGACUAGUAGAUGAAACUCCCAGUACAUACUGUUUUCCUUACAUAUCAUCUGUUACCUUUUAUCUUUAAACCUAGUUACAAUGACGUGUUCAUUUUACAUUGUAGUGUAGUAGUCUAUAAUGUCAGUGUAAAUAUUCAAUGGCACUUUUUGUAUAAAAUGUGUUUCGAGAAAUAAAAAGUAAACUGAG